AUGGCUCGAGACUUUCCAGAGUCUGAGGAGGCUGCGUACUGGAGGAGGGUCAACACGGCGGUUCCCUUGACGUUUGCUGCCCUGGCGACGGUUGCGUACGCGCUGAGGGUAUACGCGACCUUGGUGCUGGCGCGGCGGGUGAGGGUGGAGGAUUUCUUCAUGGGCUGCGCCGUGCUCCUCAUGAUUGGGAACACGGCGUCCGUAUUGCUGAAGGCCUUUAACGGCAUCGGCGUCCCGGACAAGGACCUCCCGCAUUACAGACAAGUCAACUUUAAACUAGGCUCCUGGCUCGUCAUCAAGUUCUGGUCGGCGUCGAUGAUAUUCGCCAAGCUCGCCAUCAUCCUGUUCCUCCGUCGAGUCACUGGCGUGAACCGCACGGCUCGCGCCGCGCUGGACACUCUGGCCGUCCUCGUCGUCAUAUGGGGCGCUUCCAACUUCUUCUACACGACGUGGUUCUGCAAGCCUGUCGCGUACUACUGGGACCGCACGAUAGAGGGCGGCUGGUGCGUCGACAAUGACCUGUACAUGAUUGAGAGCAAAAUCAUUGCCAGCACCGCCGUGGCCAUGGACGUUGCCAUGCUGUCGAUCCCGAUUCCGACGAUUUGGCAUUUGCAAAUCCGGCUGCGGCAGAAGAUUGGCAUAACCUUUAUCCUCUGCAUUGGUGUUGUUUCGACACGGCAAACCUAUCCAGUGAGACCUACUUCCCGCCCCUUGUUCAUCCGGCAAGUUUGUACUGACGUUUUUUCCUCCGAAGCAUCGAGCAUCCUCGAAGGUUUGUGGACCGUCCUAGAAAAUUACUUCACCGUGCUAUGCGGCUGCCUGCCCCAGCUGGGCCCUUUGUUCAGAAGGUCGACGAAAGAAAAAGAAAUGAGCACCGGCCCGGGCAGCGGCUACCUGGGGUCGUACGACGCGUCCAAGAACAUCCGGUCCUGGGGCUUCCAGAAGAUGAGCGCCAUCGAGACGUCUGUUUGCGGUGCACACGAUGCCCCCGUCCAGGCGCGGUACAACAGUUCCAAGGAGCAGCAUAACUCGUCCGAGCUCGAGCUCAAGGGCAUCGAGGUCCAGACGACGAUCAACCAGGAGAUUUCUAUAGGGACGCGGAGCGAUGACGAGUUUCACAUGCCCCUGGACGGGCGGCGAUGA